GAAAAUAAAAUUUCUUCUUCUUAGUAAACAUCGAAAAUUAAACCUGCGAUUCUGCGAAUUGAAGGGGAAAUUUAUGAGUUUUUUGAUAGUUUAAUUUUUGGUGUUGUACUUAGAAUACUGUAUUAUUGGCUGGAAGAGUCAAGAAAAUGAAGAGGGAAUAUGAUAAGGAUGGUGACAUUCAAGAUCUGCAUGCAACGGGCGGCGGCGGCGGCGGAGAGGUGGAGGCGGUGACGACGGAGGAAAUUUACGGCGGCGAAGGUGGCGAUUUUGAUCCCAUGGAGAUCUGGCUCGAGAGCGUAGAUGAAGAACAGCAUCUUGAUGUAAAUGACUUCCCUCCUCUCCCGGAUUUCCCAUGCAUGUCGUCAUCUUCCUCCACAUCCUCCGUCCCCGCCGGCGUAGUAAAGCCGUCGUCUUCUUCCUCGGCGUCGUCUUCCUCCUCCUCCGCCGCCUCAUGGGCAGUGAUAAAAUCCGACGGGGAAGAAGACCCCGCCGCCAAAAAAUUCCACCUUCAAACAGGCUGUGCAGCAGCCAUGACGCCGAGCGCCUCCAUGGACCCCUCCGGCGGCAUUCCGCCGCCGCCUGAAGACAGCUUCACCGACGACGAUUGCAUCAAUGUCAUGGAGAAUUUGGGGUACAUGGACUUCAUAAACGGGGACGAUAUUUGGGACCCCAUAUCCAUUUUUCAGACAGAGAAUUUUCAAGAGGAUCAGCCGCCGCCGCCGCCGCAGGCGGCGGCGGCGAGAUCUCAGUUCGAAGAACUGCAACAAAACCAAGAAGACGACGAUUCAAAGGCGGCGGAAACGGCGGACCUGUCUUUUCUCCAGGGGAACGGCGAGCUGGCGGCGAUAUUCUUCGAUUGGUUGAAGCAGAAUAAAGAUUGCAUUUCUGCGGAAGAUAUGAGGAACAUUAAACUCAAACGUUCGACGAUCGAGAGCGCUUCGAAGCGACUUGGAAGCUCAAAGGAAGGAAAGAAGCAGCUCUUGAAGCUCAUACUUGAGUGGGUUCAACAAUACCAGCUUCAGAAGAAGAACAGCCGAGAAGAAGCGGCGGCGGCGGCCGCCGCCGCCUCCGAUCAUCAAUCAACCGGCGGGGGCGGUCACUUUCAAGCAGAAACAUUUCUCCAACCAACAGACACUGCACCCAGUUGUUUCUUUCCGUCUCCAUGGACUCCCCCGCCGCCGCCACCUUACAUCCCAGACGCAAAUAACGCCGCCAUGAUGGCGGCAGCGCAGCCGCCGUUUCCCGUUUUCCAGCCGCAUGCUAUUGGGUACAGUAAUAUCGGAGAUCCUUAUAACUGUGGCGGCGGUGCUUCCUUCACUCCUAUGCACGUGAACAGUGGCCAUUUUUCUCAUCCAACAGAAUACCAUCAGCCCGCCGCCGUGGACACCGCUCAAUCUUGGCAGUCGUCUGAAUUUAUGGCCGCUGCCGCCGCAGCUCCGUCGUUCAAUCCGUAUCCUGAUAACAAUAACAAUAGAAUAGCGGCGGAAUCUGGUCAUCAACCCCAGGCUUUGUACGGAAGCGAAUAUCCUUACCAGCUUUACGACGGGAAUGGCGAGAGGUUGAUGAGAUUGGGGUCCUCUGCAACUAAAGAAGCAAGGAAGAAGAGGAUGGCGCGGCAGAGAAGACUCUCUAGCCACCAUUUCCGCCACCAUAACAAUAAUCACCACCAUCACGCCCAGAACUACGACCCUCACCAUGCAAUGAGAAUGGGCGUAGAUACAGUACUGCCCCAUCAGGUUAGCAAUCUAGGGAAUUGGGUCUACUGGUCUCCGGCAGCUUCUGAAGCUCCGCCGCCAAUGGUGGUUCUUCCACCAGCUGAGGCCGCACCUCAACCACCUCCGGCGCAACAACAGAACCAUCAGAAGCAAAGUUCAUCGGACCGACGACAGGGUUCUAAACCAGAGAAGAAUUUGAAAUUUUUGUUGCAAAAAGUGUUGAAGCAGAGCGAUGUUGGCAGUCUUGGAAGAAUUGUGCUGCCAAAGAAAGAGGCAGAAACUCAACUUCCCGAACUUGAUUCGAGAGAUGGAAUUUCCAUUGCCAUGGAAGACAUUGGCACUUCUCGCGUGUGGAACAUGAAGUAUAGGUUUUGGCCAAACAAUAAAAGCAGGAUGUACCUUCUCGAAAACACAGGUGAUUUUGUGCGGGCCAAUGGACUUCAGGAAGGGGAUUUCAUUGUGAUAUAUGCUGACAUGAAAUGUGGAAAAUAUUUGAUCCGGGGAGUAAAAGUGCGGCAGCAUGGAGCAAGAUCAGACGGCAAGAAACCGGCAAGGAAGAACCCUCGCACGUUGCCCCCAUCGUCACCGGCCACCGCCACCUCUCCGGCCAUCUCACUCAUCAAACAAACAGUGAACUGAACGGCCGGCCUCCCGGCCACCGGAACUCGAGCGCCGCCGCCUCCUCGAUCAGCUCCAUGAUCAUAUACUACAGCAAGCAAUGCAAGUGGUAUAAAUAAUUUGCUGCAACUUGUAACUUCAAGCGUGCAUGCAUGCAUAUAUAUGUGAUCAUUUUGUAAACCUACCCGGCCAGUUUUCAAGGUGCAGUAUUGUUGUUGUAAGUAGUUUGAAGCUAAGCUAGGCCUGCCUGAUAACUAGCAUCAAAUUCAGCCCCCAAAUAUAUAUAGACAAUGAUCCAUCAAUUAAGUGUUGGAUAUAUGGGA